AUGACUGUAAUCUCCAAUGAGAAGAAUGAGUUAAUCCCUACAAGAACAGUGACUGGUUGGAAGAUGUGCAUAGAUUAUAGAAGACUGAAUGAUGCUACAAGGAAAUAUCAUUUCUCUCUCCCCUUCAUUGAUCAGAUGUUGGAAAGAUUGGCAGGCCAUGCUUAUUAUUGCUUCGUGGAUGGGUAUUCCAGAUGCCAAGAAACUAAACUGGUAUUGAAUUGGGAGAAAUGCCAUUUCAUGGUUCAUGAAGGGAUAGUUCUUGGGCAUAAAGUUUCAAGCAAAGGUAUAGAAGUUGACAAAGCUAAAAUAGAAAUCAUUGAAAAGCUUCCUAUACCUGUUAAUGUGAAAGCAGUAAGGAGUUUUCUUGGGCAUGCUGGUUUUUACAGGAGGUUCAUCAAAUAUUUCUCAAAAAUAGCAAAACCAUUGAGUAAUUUGCUAAUGAUUGAUAGCCCUUUCAUCUUUGAUGAUAAUUUCAAGCAUGCCUUUGAAAAUUUAAAGAGAAAACUCAUUACAGCACCAAUUAUCACACCCCCUGAUUGGGAAUUACCUUUUGAACUUAUGUCUGAUGCAAGUGACUUUGUAAUUGGUGCUAUGUUGGGGCAAAAGAAAGACAAGAUGCACCAUGUCAUAUAUUAUGCUAGCAAGGUGUUAAAUGAAGCAUAG